UCGAGACAGGUUGAUGUUUUUCCAAAAAGAGUGUCCUUAUCGGCCCGUAAGCCCAUUGCCGCGUUUCCGAGAUCAAAUGCCCUCAGAAGUGAAUCACCUACAUAUGGCAAUGGCUAUCGAUCUCCCACCGCCCACUAUCUAUUUUUCGUUUUCGUUUCGGCCAUGAUUACGAUAACAGGCACUCGCGUAUCUUUCCGAUAGCACCCAUGUCUGUUGGGCAACUUAAAAACAGUAGCCCAUCUGGAGGACCAGUCCAAUCGAACGACAGUAAACGACGCGAGUGCGCGAUAAAAUCAGACCUCCUUUGGAUAAAACUAUUGUCUUUAUUUUAUUCCACUGAAUAGAGGAGCAAACUACUUUCAAAAUGGGUUGUCUAUCGGGAAUAGUCAACUUUAUUUUAUACAUUGUCAAUAUCGUGUUUUUGAUCGUUGGCGUCCUCCUGAUCGUGCUGGGUUCGAUCAUGUUGUCCGAUCUGAGCCACUUCGAAGCUUCGGGAGCUGGCAUGAACACCAACACCAUCCCCAUCUGCGUCACCGUCCUGGGAGCGCUCAUCUUCGUGGUGUCCUUCUUCGGGUGCUACGGCAUUUUCAGGCAGAGUGUCUGCAUGACCGGAGCUUACACCAGCAUGGUCUUCGUGCUCUUCAUCCUGCAACUGGUGCUCACCUGUUGGGUCUUCGUGAACCGAUCCGCCUUCCUGGGGGACAUGAGCAAUCUGGUUAACUUGCUCUGGAACUCCCAGGACUACAGUGCCAUGGGCGUGCUGGAGGAAACCUUCGGCUGCUGCGGCGAAACCGGCUAUACCAACUACAACAACGUCGGCCUAUCGGUUCCCGGCACCUGCUGCGGCUACCUGAACCGCCAGGCCACCUGCAGCACCCCCUCCGUCUACCAGUCGAGGCCGGGCUGCAGUGCCAAGUUCGAGCAGUUCUGGAACGACAACAUGGACAUCAUCCGCUGGUCCGGCCUAGGACUCUGCAUCUUCGACCUGAUCGUCUUCCUGAUCGCCGGCGCCCUGACCAACUGCAUGCGCAGCCAGAACGCCGGUCGCCAGGGGUACGCCUAGACCUCGGAUCAAGUCUUUUUAUCUAUUUCUACUUAUGUUAUUACAUUAUGUUAUUACAUUUUCGAAAAGUGACAGUAUUAAUAUAUACGCCUAGACUUCUGAG